AUCAAAUUAAGUUUGUCAAGAUAUUAUGGAAUCCAACGAAAAUUUUUAUUCGUACUACGAUUAUGAUCAAGAUCAGGAUGCCUCGAAUGAUCAAAAUAAAGACCCAGGGGCCAAUCAAUACGACUAUGCAGAAGGAGGCAGUUACGACAAUUAUUAUGGGCAACAAAAUGAAGCUGGAGCCAUCCCGACAAUGACUGCGUCUACAGGAGCACCCAAGGAUCCUUACGAGCCGGAAUAUGAAGAAUCUAAAAGUGAGAAGCUCAAAAAGCUCCAAAAGAAUAGGUUUCAGUCAGUCAUGCCAGGUAUGGAAGAAAUAAAUGACGGAAUGAGAAAUAUGAAUAUCGUAGAUAACAGCAACCAAACUAUGGAUAUGGCCCAAGUGCCUCGAGAUAUGUAUAUGGGCCCUAGCACUAUGGAUCCAUCAUCAAGGGGAGGUAUUAUACCAUCAUCUGGCUCUGAUUCUUCUCUUUUAAAGCCAAAAGUAUUUCUGAAUGAGGAAAGUGUACGUAGGGGAGUGAUGAUGCAGUAUCGUACUGAUAAGAUGGAAUUGCCUCCUUCGUCAACAAUGCCAUUUUCAGUAUCUGAUCAAGGGAUUUGUAGUCCAAAGUUGAUGAGACCUACAAUGUAUAGAAUUCCAAAUUCUUCAACUUUGCACCAAUCCUCAAAAAUCCCAAUGGGAUUGAUUGUACAACCAAUGGCAGAUAUUGGGGAAGGAGAAAGCGAAAUCCCAAUAGCUGAAUGAGGAAUAGAAGGACCAGUGAGAUGUACUGCAUGAGGUGGAUAUGUCAACCCUGGUACCCAGUUCUUGGAAAAUUGAGCGAGCGCAAGAUGCAACUUCUGAGGUUCAAUAUUCCCUGUCUCAGAUACUAAAUACGGAUUUGCAAAUGAUCCAUCAUCUUUUCCAGAAUUAUCUUAUGGAGCAUAUGAAUUUUCAGUCUCAGGUAAAUAUGUAUAUUAUGAAGCGAGAAAUCCUGUCUAUGUAUUUAUCCUAGAUGUUUCAAAUGAGACUUUUGCUAACACAUUAUUUGCUUCGACUAUAAGUUGAAUACAAGCAGCUCUUGAUUCAAUGCCAAAUCCAGAAAACACCCAGAUUUGUAUUCUCACUGUUGAUGAGUAUGUUCACUGUUAUACUUUGUCUGAUGAUCUUGAAAGAGGGCCUACAAUUCAUCAGAUUAGUGAUAAAGCAGAUCCAUUCCUUCCUGUUCCUUUCGAUAAUCUGAUGUUAAAUCUUUCUCAAGACAGAGGAAAGAUAGAUCAUUUAUUGACAAAGCUUCUUGAGAUUCAUACUGAAGAGGGAAGUAAAUUUAAACCACCAGCUUUUAACCUCAGUUCUGCUUUCCUGAUUGCUUAUGAGCUACUUGAAAAGACUGGUGGGAGGAUCCUUGCCUUCUACUCUAGGAUCGAGAAUGUAGGUCCGGGAAUCAAUGUAGUGCUAGAUAAUCACAAAGGCUAUAAUACUGAUGCUGAAAAGAACUUUUUCAAAGCAAAUAUGGGAUUUUACCGAGAUCUUGCAGUUAAAAUGUUCAAGAGAAGAAUCACUGUUGAUAUUUUUGCUGGCACAUAUCAUAAUUUGAACCUUCCUAAUCCAUCUCAGUUGUGCUUGAAAACUGGUGGAGACUUAUACUUCUACAAAAAUUUUUGAGAAAGAUUUAAUUAUGAGAAACUCCAUUAUGAAAUUUUCCGGAUUCUUACUCGAAAUGGAGCAUACGACUGUGCAUUCAGAGUCAGGUGUAGUGAAGGAUAUGCUCCAAUCGCUUAUAUUGGUAACUUUGGAAGAGUAAAUUCUAUUGACUUUGAGCUUCCUUCCAUUGAUUCUGAUAAAACAAUAGGAGUUGUAAUGAGAAGUGAGGGAAAAUUGAACUCAGAUAGAUUCUCAGCACAAGCUGCAAUGUUAUAUUCUACUCCUGAUGGAGAUAGAAAGUUGAGAAUUAUCAAUCUUAUUCUCCCUGUUGCUGAUAAAUUAUCAAAUGUACUGAGAUAUGUAGACCAAGAGGCACUCACACAUUGCUUCAUAAAAGAAAGUCUCAGCUUUAUGGGGCAUAAGAAAGUUGUAGAAAUUAAAGAAUUUAUUACCCAUAAUUUAGUAAAAGCUCUGAGCUCAGAGAAUUUUAGCUGCUGACCCCUAUAUGUUCUUGGAGCUCUCAAGAAUCCUGCCUUUAAACUUUUAGGAGAGAUAAAGGUUGAUGAAAAGUAUGCAUGGGCUCUGAAACUUCUUGGUUGUUCAACACAAAGAUUGUUAAAACUUAUAUGUCCCCGUGUAUAUUACCUCUCUGAUAUCGAAACAAAUCUUGUCUAUGGAUAUCCAGAUGAAGAGACUGGAAAGAUCAUGAAACCUCUAGUAUGUGACAAUACAUAUACCAAUAUGAGUUCGAGCGAUCUCUGAAUAAUUGAUAAUGGAGACUUUCUCUAUGUCUAUGUUGGCAAAGCUCUGAGUUCAACUCUCAUUUAUGACAUUUUUGGAUAUGAGGACUGGGGCACACUCCAUCAUUACGGAGUCACUAAUUUAGAUCACCCAAUGGACACAGAUGCUUAUACUCGAAUUAUUAACAUUACAGAGCAGAUAAGAAGUGAGAAUGAUGGAGCAUAUCAACCAAUUCAAGUAGUUCUCCAAGAUUCAGUAAGGUUUAAAGAGCUCCAAACUUAUGCAUUGAUAGAGGAUUCAUUGAACAAAAACAGAGAUUUUACAUAUGCCUCAUUUGUAGAUCAUUGAAAUAAGCUAAUUAGAAAAUUGUAA